AUGUCUCAAAAAAUAGAAGAAAUAAAGUAUUGUCCAGCAGGACAUUCUUCUGAAGAUUUCGCAUAUACUGAUUGCCAAAAUUUCAUUUUUUCUGAUGGAAAAUGUGUUUUGUGCACCAAAGAAUAUUUUAUCCAAGAAUUUAAAACUUGGUCUAGUGGAAAUUUUAACAUUGAUAAGAUUAUCCAAGAAUCUCAAAUAAAUAGCAUUUGCGAUAAAUUACAAUGGAUGCCUUAUGAUAAUUUUCAAAAUAUCGAACACAUAGCAGAUGGUGGCCAUGGAUCUGUGAAUUCUGCCAAAUUAAAAAAUGGAAUAAAGUGGAAUUGGAAUUUUAUCAAAAAAGAUUGGGAAUAUGUUUUAAUUGGCUACAAAGUUGCUUUAAAAGAAAUAAAAGAUUCUAGAUAUGAUAUAGUUGAAUUUCUUAAAGUGGUAAAUAUUGUUAAUAAAUAUGAAUUUGCUAGAUAUUAUGGUGUUUCAAAAAAUCCUUCAACACAAAACUAUAUUAUUGUUAUGGAGUUAUUUGAUAUUGACUUAAACAAGUUUCUAACCAAAAAUUUUUGGGAUUUAAAGUGGCUAUCUAAAUUAGAAAUGUUAUCAUCAAUAGCAGAGGGUCUUGGAACCUUACACCAAAAUAAUUUAGUUCAUUAUGGACUUCAUAGUGGAAUUAUUUUAAAACUCACCCUAUACAAUGACAAUGCCGUUUAUUUUGAUUUAGAUUUAUUGGAUAAUAAUGUUAUGCAACAACUUAAAAUUGCUGAUGAAAAUCAAAAAAAUACAUCAAAAUCUCAAAGACAAGAAUUAUUUGAAUUAUUUUCACAUUCAAGUAAGUUACAUCCUCAAUCAUGUUAUAUUAGCCGAUAUAUUUAUACUCUUCAUAGAUUGCAUGAUUUAUUGGAAGAAAUAAAAUCCGGAAAAUCUUCAGAUCCUAAUAUACUAAAGUUCAAUAAAUCGACUACCUUAAAUGUUAAUGCUAACAUGACGAUGCAUCAUCAAAAUUUAUUGAUGUGA